AUGUACCAUACACUCUUUCUUCUCGGCCUGUUGGCGUUGGCCUCCAGUUUACCUUGCGAUAACGCUGGAGCCAACCGUGAGCUGCUGCUUUCACUAAAUAAAGACCUUCUACGCUCUCUGGAGGGACAGGAAGGCCUUCCGAAUCCAAGUAUCCACUUGGCGUUACGGCUCUCAGACUUCCACAACCUUGUAAAAGAGGGGGAACACUUAACCCGACUGACAACUCAUUUACACAAUGAAAUUCAAAGCUUCCUCUCUGGCAACCAGCCGGUGGUUGGCCGCUUGGCAUUGUACGCUCUGGCCUUAAAGUCAUCUUGCUUUGACCUCAACACAGUGACCUUCACUGUAGGUGACAAGAGCGAGACGUUGCUGAUGCACCUCAAACAUCAGUUGGAACAAGAGAAGGAAUACAUUACAUUCAGCCAACGCCCUAGGACCAACUAUUACCAGUACUCGCUGGGUGUGCUCGCUCUGUGCGUUAGCGGCAUCAGGGUCGACAACCACGUUGUCAACAAACUCAUCCAGGCAGUUGAAAAUGAAAACUUUAAACAUGGAGACAUUGAGAGUAUUGAUACAUAUGCCAUGGCUGCAAUGGCCCUCCAGUGUGUGAAAAAUGCUGGUUGCGGUGGGACAAAAUCUAAUUGCAAUGUACACAACGCUGCCAAGCUUGACACAGCCUUGAGCAAGAUCAAACAGAAACUCUUGACGUCACAAAGAACUGAUGGUCAUAUUGGCAAUGAGUUCAGCACUGGCCUCGCAGUACAAGCUUUACUAGCAAUGGGCAGCCCAGUGUCUGAAUGCGCUGCCUCAAUGGAGGCCAUGAGAAGAGAUUCCAGAGGCAACAAAUACCACAACCCCAUGGCUAUAUCUCAGGUCCUUCCAGCUCUGCAGCAGAAAUCCUACUUGACAGUUCAAAGCAAGGACUGCCUCAAUGAAGAUGACACACUUGUUCUUGAGCCCACCGAUCCUGUGGUCAUUUUGCCCAGUAAAACCAAAGUGGCUGUGAUGGUAGAAGUGGUGACAUCCGCUGGGACAUCCACAGAUUACUCACUGGAUGUACCCAAGGGAAGCACUCUAUUGGAGGCCCUGGAGCUCCUCAAGGAAAAAAAUGUUGGCUUCACGUUUGAGAAGGAGUCAAGCCUGUGGGGGCCAUUCUUAAGUGUGGUGAAUGGAGAGCGAGCCAGACAGAGUGACCGUAGGUAUUGGCACCUCUCCUCUGAUGGCAUUGCUCUAACUGAAGGUAUCAGCGAUUUCAAAUUGGAAGCGGCUCAAAAGAUCACCCUAAAAAACACAAGCUAUUAA